GUAUUGCAGAGUUCUUAUGAAAGUUGUACAAUCCAGUGUAGCAUAAAGCGCAAUUGUUCAAAUUACUUGUCCAUCGUCAAAAAUUUAUUUAAUGUUUUUAUCUUAAUAAAAUGUCAUGUCUGUAUUAGCUUGUGUCAUUAAAUAGAGAGCAUUGUAAGAACAGUACUCAGUUGAUUCUUAUUUCAAGACCAUCUUAAGUAAUGUCUUAAAAUGCUAAUACAGCUUUUUGAUUGGUUGGUGAUAUUUUUAAAUGAUAAUUAAAACAAUCUUAAAUAUAAGAAUUGACUGAUUGGUAUUCAUAGUUGAUUCUUAUUUCAAGGCUGUCUUAAGUAAUAUCUUACAAUACUAAUACAGUUCUCUGAUUGGUUAAUGACAUUUUAAGGUGCUACUUAUGAUGGCCUUAAAUAUAAAAAUUGACUGUAAAUACUAGCCUACGAAUACUAGCCUAACUCUUUGAAAUAAGUCCUGGAAAUAACUAGUUCACGAUGGAUGCUUUUCAUUUAAAUUGUCACAGAUAUGUCUCAGAUUACGGUUACCUCAAGUGGGAUGGAACGCAGUAUUCAUGAAAUGUUGAAAGACGCACCCUCCCUAAAUGAGAGCGAUAGCGCUGUACAUACCGGAACUCCGCCGCCUCACGUAUCAAACAAUUGCAGUGGCGACAUUCAUCCAAGACCAGCUACCAUAAACUUGAGCUUGGGAAGUCCUACAACUCAGAUUUAUGCUUGUAUUCCUAUAGCAGUUUCAGUUUCGCCGAAUACACCUGUUCAGAAUGGUGACACGCAGACCAUGCGCACCACCCAGAGCAAAAUUGAGAGUCUGAAGAAUUGGAGUAUCUCCACAUACAAGUGUACCAAGCAAUUAAUGUAUGAAAGAUUAGGGAAAACAUCACGUACUGUAGACUUUGAACUCGAAACGCAGAUUGAAUUGCUCAGAGAUACUCAGAGAAAAUAUUGCAAUGUUUUGCGAUUGUCGCGAGCUUUAGCGUCACACUUUCAUCACGUCGUUCAGACACAACAUGCUCUUGGGGAAGCAUUUUCUGAAUUAGCACAGAAAUCGCCCGAACUUCAAGAGGAAUUUCUGUAUAACUCAGAAACGCAGAGAAAUUUAACAAAAAAUGGCGAAACACUUUUAGGGGCCUUAAAUUUCUUUGUUUCCUCUGUGAAUACCUUAUGUAAUAAAACGAUCGAGGACACUCUGCUUACAGUGAGACAAUAUGAAACUGCAAGGAUAGAAUACGACGCGUAUAGAACUGAUCUAGAAGCUCUUGUACAAGCUGCAAAAUCAGAUAGUAACAACGCAGCAAGGUUAGAGGAGGCACAAGCUAAUUACGAGGGACACAAGCAGAAUUUUGAAAAAUUGCGCUCAGAUGUUUCCAUCAAGUUGAAAUUUUUGGAUGAGAACAGGAUUAAAGUGAUGCAUAAGCAAUUGCUGUUAUUUCAUAAUGCUGUAUCUGCUUAUUUUUCGGGAAAUCAAACCGCAUUGGAGGCGACUCUCAAACAAUUCAACAUCAAGGUGAAAUCACCGAACUCCACCUUACCAUCGUGGCUGGAACAGUAGUUAAAUUAGUUUGAAUAUUUUGUCCUACCGCGAAGGAUGCGAAUGUACGUGUGUAUUUGUUCACCGAUUUAUUCUGAAUUGCAAAACACAAAAGGUAGAACAUUUAUGAAAAAAAACUCUACGAUUGCCAGUACAUAUUGUGAGCUGCUGUUUAUUCUGACAAUUUAAUAGUGUAAAAUUGCUAAAUUUCUGGUGUAAAAACAUACUGAAUUUCAAGGUGGAGUAUUGAUUACAAUAUUUAUUAUUAUUGUUAUAAUAUUUACAAGGUGUUUCGAAUUUAAAUGUCAAAAUUUUAAAGUGUGUAAAUGAUUGUUAUAUUAAAAAAACUUUAGAAAUGUUUAUUCUUGCUUUAAAAAAAUGCAUUUAAAAAUAACUGCAGAAAAGUUUAUUUUUUCUUAUUUAUUUAAUUGUAUUGAGCUUAUACAUGAUAAUUUCCUAACAAUUCCUGUUUUUGUAAAUGUAUCUUUAGUCCAUAUUAUUUUUAAUGGAAAUCAAUUGUUAUUCUGAAAUGUUUUAAGAAAUCAAAUGCAAAAAUACGUGAUGUAAUUUAUGAUAUAAUAAAUUGAACAACUUUUGAAAAUAAUAUGAACGGUAUUUGCGAUACGAGUAAUUAGUGCUAGAUGCAAUAUUUUUAUUAGUAAAAGGCCGACAUUUUGAAUAAUACCUUCAUUAAGAAAGUGACAAUAUGGAUAAGGUAAAAUGAAAAUCUUGUUUUUUGCAUUUUUUUCAAAAUGGGCAAAGAAAAGGAUUCGUAAAAAGAUUUUACUAAAAGAUGUUUGUUUAUCGAUCUCUUACACGCUCCCGAAAUAUUGGCAUUUAAUCUCAGAAUAUCCUGUAUAUAAAUAGCAUGUGAUAUAUAAUUAAUAAUUCUUUAAAAAAAUUAUACAAAUCAAUAGAGGAAUCUCGACUUUCCGGAAACGUUCCGAUAAUUUCUAAUGCUAAAAUAUUUGAGAGACAGCAAUAGAGAUAUUUAAUUUUUAUAUUUUUCUUAAAGAAGUUUCAAAAUGUAAAUAUAUAACGUGACAAACGGAGCCUUCUAUUUUACAUUAGUGGUAUUAAUUAUUUAUUAUCACACACAUACAUGCGCGCGCAUAUACAUACGCACACGCACAUGUUUGGCACAUGCAUAAUAAGCAUACAGUUUAAUAAUGAUAACUAUGUUUGUUAUAAAAAACUAAUCUUAAUAGAUUAAUAUUUAAACUACGAUUCAUAUAUUCUUUCAUAAAAAUUUUUAAAUUAAUAUGGCUAAAUUUAUAAGAAAUAAUAAGUUAAAUCCGGACUAUCGAAAAUGUCAAAUAUAAGGUUAACAGACUUAUGUCAGUAACAGCGGUUCUUAAUGCUAAAUAAUAAUUUUUAAUCUUUACAAUUUCCAGUUUAUUCGAAUUGCAUGCCGCAUAUUUGCCGGACUUGAAACACAGUCAUGAAACCGGAAUACGUAAUAUUAAUGCUUCAGAAGCAUUUAUAAAAUACUAGAAGGACUAAAUAAUUUUAUUGCGAAAAAAUAACAUUCUAGCCACGAUUCAAAUCUGGAGUCCUUUCUAUAUUCUAUGUAGGCGCCAUACCAAUUCGAUUCCUCCAACAUAUGACUCGGUAGUCGAAUUGGUAAGAUACCUGUACGGAAUGUAGGGAAAUUCAGGUUUAAAUCUUGUUAUUUUUUGCAAUAAAAUUAUUUUCAUUUUUUUCAGGAAGGAGAGAUUUUUAUAAAUAUUUUUGAAGCAUUAAUAUUAUGUAUUCUGGAGUCUUCAUGAUUGUAUUUCAAAUCCGACGAAUAUGCGGCACAUAGUUCGAAUAAGCAGGAGUUUGCAAAAAUUAUUAUUUAGUACUACGAACUGUUAUGACUAACCUGUAUCACAAUAUAGGCUUGCUAACCUUGUGUUUUAAAUUUGUAAGCUUAUUGUUUAUUUAUGAUAAAAUUAUUUAAUUUUAUCUAUUUCAAAUUAAUUUAUUAAAAAUAAGAAAAUAAUUGAAUGAUUUAGAAAUCUUAAAUAUGUAUUAAAACAUAUUACAUUAAAAGUGUAAAUUAAUUACACAUUAAUCCUCCAUUGCUUUUGUACAUACUUUAUGCAUCUUACUAUAUGAGGUAAACGCUUUCAUCAUAUUUAAUUUUUUGCAGAGUAGCAUAAAAAAUGGCUUCUGAAACUUUUUAACUUUUCACUUACCAUCUUUUAGAAUCUAAAAAAGUGUAAAUAAAAUUUAAAUCUAAAAUUUCGAUUAUAUUUGUAUGAUUAUUUUCUCAAUUUUGUUUAGUAACAUUUUUAUUAAAGAUUGAAUGUAUUAACGUGUGACACAUCUGAACACGCCGCUGGCGAAAACACAUACGUACAGUCGAUGGGACUCGCAUCAUUACUUAACCUUUAAUUAAUAUACUAUGACAGCAAAAAACAGUUUCAUUCUUACAUUUUUACAUGAGCUGUGUUGCUGUUGCAACAUUGACUGUGUUCACUAUUUUUAUUUCUUUUAGUAUUUUUUUUUCUCAACAGUCAUUUUCAUGUGAUCUAAGAAAACUAUUUGGCAAUGUUGCAUUAAUACAGCGAUACAGGCGUGGCACAGCGCUAAAAUGAGAGUACUUACAUGCGUUUGCUAAACGAGAGCAAUGGAGGGUUAAAAAAUAUACAAUUUUAAUU